GACAUCGAGACGGCGUGCAAGCUGCUCAACAUCGCCGCAGACCCCGUGGACUGGAGCCCCGGCAACGUGCAGAAGUGGAUCCUAUGGACGGAGCACCAGUACCGGCUGCCCUUCCAGGAGCUGUCGGGAAAGGACCUUUGUGCCAUGUCCGAGGAGCAGUUCUGCCAGCGCUCGCCCGCCUGCGGCGACAUCCUCCAUGCCCACCUUGACAUCUGGAAGUCUGCUGCCUGGAUGAAGGAAAAAACCACCCCGGGAGAUGUGAGAUACUGCGGAGGUGAUGCUGGCUGGGCAGACAGCGAGGUGGACUCAUCCUGCACGGGCCAACCCAUCCACCUCUGGCAGUUCCUCAAAGAGCUGCUGCUGAAACCGCACAACUACGGCCGCUUCAUCCGCUGGCUCAACAAGGAGAAAGGUGGGCUCCUGUAACCCCCGGGUAUCUUCAAGAUCGAGGACUCGGCACAAGUGGCGCGUCUGUGGGGCAUCCGGAAGAACCGCCCGGCCAUGAACUACGACAAGCUGAGCCGCUCCAUCCGGCAGUACUACAAGAAAGGCAUCAUCCGGAAACCCGACAUCUCCCAGCGCCUGGUCUACCAGUUUGUGCACCCGGUCUGA